GGGACGCUCCUGUGCGCGUGAAUGGAAGGUGACAGGAUACAAUGAAAACCUAACAUUUAGACUUUAAUGACUUAUUCUUCACUGAAUCCCGCGAACGGCUCACCUGACGGCUGACGUCUGACAGGACUGUGGCGAGGAGGAGGGUCACCAUGCUUACUGUGUGGGGACCCGUGAGGUCCAGUGUCCUGCACCUCCCUGUACGUCGAGCCUGCUCAGGUGUGAUCCACAGGAGGCCACCUGCACCUGGUCUCACCUACGCAGCACCACCACCUUUAGUCGGCCUCCACAGGUCUGGAGGACGCAGAUGCCUAUCGUGUGUUAAGACUCUGCCAGGUGUCGGGACUCUUUCAGGUGUCGGGACUCUUUCAGGUCUCGGGACUCUUUCAGGUGUUGGGACUCUUUCAGGUGUCAGGUGUCUGUCAGGAGUCGGUGGCAGCAGCAACAGCAACAGUGGUGGGGAUGUUGCAGGUGUUGCAGGUGUUCCAGGUGUUGCAGGUGCAGACGGAUGGUACAGCAGCCUCUCAGACUCGGCUCCGGUUCACCUGUGUGAACACUUCCUGGUGAGCGUCCAGCAGGCGAGCGGGUUGCCGUGGUGGCUGAGUAUCGUCGUGGCGACACUGUCGGUCAGGACGCUCAUCACUCUGCCGCUCGCUGCCUACCAGCUGGUCAUCAUCUCCAAGGUGGAGGCGCUGCAGGUGGAGAUCUCUGACCUGGCGAAGAGGCUGCGAUAUGAAGUUUCGGUGCGAGCGAGAGAGAGAGGCUGGACGGAAAAACAGAGCCGGUUCCAGUUCCAGAAGAAUCUGCGCCGACUCAUCUCUGAGCUCUACAUCAGGGACAACUGUCACCCCUUCAAAGCCAGUGUGCUGGUUUGGGUCCAGCUGCCGCUCUGGGUCAGUCUGUCUCUGGCCCUCCGAAACCUGAGCCUGGAUCAGUCAGCCCGGCAGGCUGAGCUGGCAGUGGGAGGCGCUCUGUGGUUCCCGGACCUCACCGCGCCGGACUCCACCUGGAUCAUCCCCAUCUGUCUGGGACUCACCAACCUGCUGGUCGUAGAGGUGUUUUCUCUGCAGAGAGUCGCCACGUCCAGGUUCCAUCGGCUGGUCCUGAACUCCAUCAGAGGGUUCUCGGUGCUGAUGAUCCCCAUCGCUGCUACGGUUCCCUCGUCCAUGGCUCUGUACUGGUUCACCUCCAGUUUGGUGGGAUUCAGUCACAACCUCCUCCUUCGCUCUCCUGCGAUCCACAAAAUCCUGCGACUCCAGACUCAGCGCUCAGAAUCUCCGUACAGAGACCUGCUGUCUGCCUUCAUCGCCAAAUACCGCAAAUAAAUACCCCGAGUCCUGCAUCAGACACUUGAGCUGAAGGUUCUCAGCUCUGAGUGAACCAACGACAGCAAACUGAUUCAUACAGAAGUCAGGAUUCAAACCGAUGAGGAGGAGGUUUUAUCAAAUUAAUCUUCAAUGGCUCAUUUCCUUCCUCUCAGAAGCUGUGAGACUUUAACAAACACCACAGGAUGCAGCAGUGAGCUUUCGGUAGACCCGCCCUGGGUUUUGGCUCUCAGGUGGAGCCCGUCUGAGCUUCUGUGCAGGUUUUUGUGGCCUGUGUGAAGCCUGAAGAAAACCUGCAAACAUUACUCAGUGGAAAGCAUCAAGACUGAUUUAAAUGUAUGUCAUGUGGGGAAAUGAAGCAAUCAUCGUAAAUCCUGCGACGAUGGAAACAUGAAAGCCAAGUUAACAGACCUGAGUGUCAUACUGGCCAUCAGUCAUGUGCUGCUGCUGUUCAGUAAUCGUGUGGAAAUAAGAAAGAUGUUUUAUUUGUGUGUGAGUUCAGAAAUAAACAAGAUUUAAUUUAAGGAAAUGAUUUCAUGUUCGGCGAUCACACUUGAACUCGU